AUGAAGUUCCUACAAGCAACUCUAUUGUGCGCACUAGCCGUGAUUGUGACUCACGUCGCUGGUCAAAACGUUAAGGACAACGUGGUCACCAAACUCGACCCUACAUCUGAAGACUUUGAGCUAGAAAUACCAGAACAUUGCAAAAAAAUUGGUAUUUGUGAAGAUGUUCCUAACUACCCACAAGAACUAGCAGACAAGGCUAUAUCACAGCUGACUAAUACUGGUGCAUUACAACAAGAUAAACUGGACAUUCCAUCAUUACCUGACAUCGCACAAAGAGCUGGAGCUCAUGAAGAAAAUAUCGAACUCUGCAAGUCUGACAAACGGGUGGUGUAUCCCAAAGCAGCAGUUGGUACCGAUGGAAAAUGGCAUGCUGUGCUAAAUCAAGAGGAAAAUCCUUUACAAGCUUUAGUAGUUGAAGUUUGCGAUCCCCCCUCUGCACCGUGUUCUAAUGUAAUAUUCACCCAAACCGGAUAUGAAACAAGUUGUCAACAAAAGUUCGUGUACCGUACACUGCAAGUACUACUCCGCAAUGGUGACAUAUCGCAGACUCAACUGCAAGUACCCAGUUGUUGUGCAUGCGUUGCCAACGUUGUAUAA